AUGGCACCCGGCAUCACCAUCGAUAACACAUCCGACUUUUCGUUCGCUCCGCCGCCGACAAAGUCGCAAGACAGAACUCUUCUUCUCGCCCCACCUUCAAUCGCCUCACACCCAGACGCCCUGAACAGCAUUGUCGAAGCCCACGAUCGCAACGCUACCGAUAUUCAAAUGCUUGACCGUCUAGCUCUUGGUCUCGUUUCGCUGCCUGCUUCUACAUACGAUCUUGUUCUCUUGCUCACCAAUGUCGAUGGCUCGCGUGAGCCACUCAACCGUGCCAUAAUCGAGAAACUCGUGCCUUCGCUCAAGGCGGGAGGAAAACUGAAGAGCCAGGAUGGUCAAUUCGGUACAUCGGCGUCAUCUGAGCAGACCGAGGCUAUCCUCGCCGGUCUCGUCCAGGAUGCUAGUGGUGGCAUGUCCAAGCCCGCAGCAGCAGCGGCACAAACCGUCACACUGAGUUUCGGANAGAAGAAGAAGGCAAAUGCUGCAGCAGUGCCUUUGAACAAUGUCGAAGCUAUCAACAAGACUAUUACCGAAUCAUCUCAAUCUGUGGCUCCCUCGGCACCAGCAGGUGUUGGUUUCGAUAUGGGCGAUGAUUUGGACGUUGAGUUUUACGACGAAGAUGAAGAGAUGGAGUUGCCUUCGAAGGAGGAAUUGCUCAAUGGCUCUACUAUCGACCCUAACACACUACUCAGCGAAGAGGACCGCAAGCGCCCCAUCGUAAUUCCUGAAGCUUGCAAGCCUAAUGGCAAGAGAAGACGCGCAUGCAAAGACUGCACCUGCGGACUCAAGCAAAAGAUUGACGCCGAGGACAAGGCUAAGCGCGAAGCUGCCGACAGCGCACUCAAGACCAUGAAGUUGGAUACGGAUGAUCUGGCCGAGGUCGACUUUACCGUCCAGGGCAAGAUUGGCAGUUGUGGCAAUUGUGCUCUGGGAGAUGCUUUCCGAUGUGACGGAUGUCCGUACAUUGGUUUGCCUGCUUUCAAGCCUGGCGAGGAGGUGCGUCUGCUCAAUAACGAUAUUCAGCUGUAG